AUGCAGCAGCCCUUCAAUUAUCCAUAUCCCCAAAUCUACUGGGUGGACAGCACUGCCAGCUCUCCCUGGGCCCCUCCAGGGUCAGUUCUCCCCUGUCCAUCCUCUGUACCUGAAAGGCCUGGUCAAAGAAGGCCACCACCACCACUGCCACCGCCACCACCACCACUACCACCACCACCAUUGCCCCCGCUGCCCCCGCUGCCCCCACUGCCCCCACCACCCCUGAAGAAGAGGAAGGACCACAGCACAGGCCUCUGCCUCCUUCUGAUGUUUUUCAUGGUCCUGGUGGCCCUGGUUGGAUUGGGGCUGGGGAUGUUCCAGCUCUACCACCUGCAGAAGGAGUUGGCCGAGCUCCGAGAGUCCUUCAGCCAAAGGCACACAGCAUCAUCUAUGGAGAAGCAAACAGCUCACCCAAGUCCACCUCAUGAAAAAAAGGAGACCAGAAAAGUGGCCCACUUAACAGGCAAGUCCAACUCAAGGUCCAGCCCUUUGGAAUGGGAAGAUACCUAUGGAAUUGCCCUGGUUUCCGGACUGAAGUAUAAGAAGGGUAAUCUUGUGAUCAAUGACACUGGGCUGUACUUUGUGUAUUCUAAAGUGUACUUCCGUGGUCAGUCCUGCAGCAACCAGCCACUGACCCACAAAGUCUACAUGAAAAACUCUAAGUAUCACCAGGAUCUGAUGCUGAUGGAAGAGAAGAUGAUGAACUACUGUACUACUGGCCAGAUGUGGGCCCGGAGCAGCUACCUGGGGGCAGUGUUCAAUCUCACCAGUGCCGACCAUUUAUAUGUCAACGUCUCUGAGAUAUCACUGGUCAAUUUUGAGGAAUCAAAGACAUUCUUUGGCUUAUAUAAGCUCUGA